AGACACGUGAGAUGAGGGGUGGGGGCUGAGUGGAAAGGGGAGGCAGAGUGAACCCUCGGCAGCAGCCUGGUGGGAAAGCCAAGCUCUUACAAUGGCCCACAGACUCCAGUGAUUUUGACAAGCACCGAAAGUCACACUAUGAUGAAGGGAAGUUCCUCAAAGCUCAGAGAAAUCUUCCCUUCAGUAAUAACAAGCACAACAACGAGGCCAGCACCAGUAUGGGCCGUGGCAGUCGGGGCACGAUGCUGGACCCAGAGCCCAGGCCCAUGGAGAGAGGCUGGACGGGAGGACUGGCCAGAGGAGUCAAAGAUGAGAUUGGCCUGGUGACCAGGAACCACAUCCCAGAAAUCAAGGAUUCCCCUGUCUUCAGAAAUCGGUCCCCACCUUCAGCCACCAUCGUGUCGGACCAGGAGAUUGAUCUGCAACGCAAGGAGUAUUACAGCAAAGGAAGGUACCUCAGGUGCUCUCCCCACCCGGAGCUCGAGGAGGACACAGAAGAUGAGCCUGAGCAGCAGGACACCUCUGCAAAUUUUAACUGGGUGAUUGAGAAUCCCAUAAGCACUGAAGUCCGUCUGCUGGACCACACAGAAAGCCCCGUCCAGGAUCCCCGGACCCCCGAAGAGUCCUUGGCAGGGACAACAUCGCAGCCUGGUGCUGCCCUGUCCUCCAGAGACAGAGCAGAGUCGGGCUGGUAUCAGUGGCGGGUAUCCAAAGGGCUCAACUGGCGAGGCCCAGAAAGCUUGGAGAAGGAACCUGGAAGCAGCCCACACUCCCCACACCAAAACCAAUGCAGACACAAAACUCUGUGGCUUCGAUGGACUCAAGAAGAGGGAAGCAGACAAUGGAAAAUGUAGCCAGCUGGGGAUGGGGUGGGGACCAGCCUCUCCCAGCCCUCAUCGCCCUCGAGGUGGGCAAUAAAGAGAAGUGCAGGAGUCUGGGUGCUCUGAAUCGUUGGCGGAGGAUGGGCCUGCUCAG